AUCAUGCCGACGUCUGGAACGCUGACAAUCAAGGUGCACAACAUCGAGGCCACCUUCGGCGAGGAAGAGUUUGUCGGCAAGAAGCUGGCCGUGCGCUUCGCCGUGGGCAAGGCCGAGUACACGACCAAGUUCAAGAAGCACGACGUGCGCAUCGACGAGCACGCCACGCUUCGCGUGCACGAGGCCGCGGCCGACGCCAAGCUGACCAUCGAGCUGCUGCAGGAGAAGGUUAAGAAGCCCGUUGUGAGCACGCAGAAGACGCUGGCCGAGUUCCAGAACAACCCGGUGAACCGCAAGAUGACGUUCACGUUCGGGGCCAAGGGCGCACCUAGCACGGCGCUGCUGUCGUACAGCGCGGACUGGCAGUCGAGCGAGACGACGCUGGCCACGUUCCAGACCCACCGGCCGUGGUUCAUGCGUGCGUUGUACUACUACGACACCACUAAGAACGUCUACAACUACACCACGAGCUUCCGUGUGGUGGCUCCCUUCGCCCGCUUCGGCGAGAACACGGCCAACACGGUACUCACCAAGGUGAGUGGCAAGACGCUGUUCGACAUCGACUCGGCCUGGGUCGGCCCGGGUCUGAAUGCUCUGGACGACAAGGUGGACGCCACUAUCUCUUCUGUGGCCGAGACGCUGUACAGCGGUCAGCAGUACGCGCUGAAGAAGAAGGAUGCCGCCGUGGGUGUGGCCUCGAAUGUCGUCAAGAAGACGGGCGAGACGGUCUCGGGCGCUGUGGGUGCCACGGUGAACACGGCCACCAACGUCAAGGACUACACGACGGGGAAGGUGGUCUCGGCCACCUCGAGUGUCUACGGCACAGUGGCCAGCGUGGCCGACUACACCAAGACGCAGGUGGUGCACGCGUCGUCGUCCACAUACGGCACAGUAAAGGGCGUGACCUUCACGGCGCUCAGCUACGUGCCCGUCAUUGGGCCCAAGAUCGCGGUUUAAAGCGAACAGCUACGUAUCGAUAUUUGUUAAUAAGAGCUCCUAGGAAGCUCUGCCAGAACUCAAAAACUCCCGACAGAUAGGGAAGUAGCGUAUAACAAUCAGCAUAACUCGUUCAUUGGCAUAUUCAACAUCAAUCGCGUCGUUUUGAAGCGGUA